CUUAUUACAGAAAGGGAUAAUUAUGUUUUGAUAUGGGUGAGGGUACGAGAGAUGGUGGGACAGGGAAGAAGACACUUACCCUGCUCUCACCAGUGGGAGGACCCCCACUCACCUACACCUGGCCACUCCAGCAACUUGUCAGAGGAAAAUGUGCUGUUGAUGAAGCUCACGAACUUCUUGACACAAUCCGGUGGGUUAUAAAGGAGCACCCUGUCCUCCGUGAGGGCCCCAUAGAAAACUCGACCAAAAACAUCGUCAUAUCAGAUUACGACUGCAUGAAGCAGCUGUGUGACAUGUAUAAUUCAGAAACGAAAAAGAUUUCCUGCCAGACGAACAGUACGAACAGGGAGCCAGCCUCUAAAGCUCUGCUACGCGUUAUAUUACACAGGACGUAUGCACACGCUGUGUUCGACCCUGAGAAACUAAACUCUUAUCAGCCUUUCUCGCCUGAGGUGUACGGCGAGACCUCGUUUGAGAUGAUAGAUCAGCUGAUGGAUGACGUGCCCUUCAAGACGGGAGCCACGUUCCUCGACCUGGGCAGUGGGGUUGGUCAGGUGGUGCUGCAGGUGGCUGCUAGUAAUAUUUGUAGGAUAUGUUACGGCAUUGAGCAGGCCGCUACACCGUGUUAUUAUGCCAAGGCGAUGGCGACGCAUUUCAUCAGAUGGAUGAAUUUCUUCGGAAAGCCAUUCAGCGAGUUUAAGAUGAUGGAGGGAGACUUUCUUGACGACAAGUACCGAGCGAUCCUACAGGACUCUAACACGAUCUUCGUGAACAACUUCGCUUUUGGGCCGAGCUUGAACCACAAGUUGAAGGAAAGAUUUGCUAAAUUCGCCGAGGGGGUGAAAAUAAUCUCCAGUUCGGAGUUCAGACCGAUCAACUUUAGGAUCACAACGAGGAAUAUUACUGAUGUCGGUACGAUAUUGCGGGUACGAGAAGUACACCCAAGAGUUCCCGGAUCUGUGAGUUGGACUAACAACGAUGUGUGUUACUUUAUUCACACUGUAGACAGAUCAUAUCUGGAGGAAUACAUGCGGCUACAGCGGGCCAAGUAUGGAGACAAGUUAGAAAGUCUCAUGAUAAACGCUGAUCGGAAGAUAAAAGAGCGGUGUGAGGACUACAAAGCUCUCCCUGCUUUGUCUUUAGAGAGUGAUCAUAGAACACAUCUGUUGUCAAACCUGACCGAGAUUGAGGUUCCUAAAGUCUCCUCAAUUGGGGACCUUCAUGAGCUGCUGAACUCGCAUCUGUCCGAGUACAUGUCCCAAUGUUCCUCCUCGUACGGUGAAGCAGCACUCCAGCUUGAGCUGGAACAGAGUAGGGUGUUGAAGGAGAGACUAGAGGAACAGUUGGACCACCUGGACAGGAAUGUUCACACUGAGGAGGAGCAGGUGGUCACCGCGCUGGAUAACCGCCUAGCUGAGCUGGGCAUCAAGUCACGUGACCCACAAGGUAUCGGCAAGGAGUUACUCUACCAGGUGACUGGGUUUAAGAUACUACACAAGCGCCUCGAUCGGCUGUCCUCUGAAGUUACAAACUAUCAGACCGCUAUCAAAUCGUCGCUGUUGCGGGAAGUUUCGACGUGGCGUGAUAACCACGAGCGGUACACGGAGUACUCGACUGAGGUUGGAAUCAAGCAGAGAGUUUACCAGGACGUGGUAUCACAAUUACCUGGUUACGAUUUCAAGAGUCUGGCGUCCGUCUGCCAAGAGACAGCUAAAGGAUACAAGGACAGGACGAAAUCUUUGUCCAAAAUACUGCUCAGUAUUGAGAGUUUAGAGAAAGAUAAUCUGCAGUUGGAAAAAGAACUUGCAGUCAAAAGAGAAAAGUUGGCGGCUAAAAAGAGAGUAGAGGAAAUGGCUUCUGCCGCUGCAGCUGCUGAGGCUGCAAGAUUGCUACCAACUCUUCCACCUAAACCAGCAAUCAAACCCGAAUUGGUUGCCGCCAAAGCCGUAACCAUACCUUUACCCAUGUCUGUACCUGAACCUGUACCUGUAGCAGCAACAGUCAAACCCAGGGAGCCUAGCCAACCUAAACCUCAACUCAUAGGUCCACCCAAACUACCUCUAACUGCGCACCCUACCUCCCACGCUACCUCACACCCUGUUAAAAUACCCACAGAGCUGACGAAGCCUCGUCCAAAGCCCUCUGUCGUAAUCGAGCAGCCCAUCACAGACGUUCUUGUCCGCCCUGAUAUGAAGGACAGCGCCGGUAUGUCCCACCUAGAUGCUAUCCUAGCUAGGAAUGGUCUGGGACACUACAUCGGGAACGAUUAUAACACGAAGAGACCAGAGGAGUACCUGCUAGCUCAGGGACAUGAGCAGUACAGGCGGAGGGAGAGGUCCGAGACUAAAAGUGGGGAGAACACACCCAGCAGACCAAGUAGUACUACUAGCAACAUUUCUCAUCGGAGUAUUCUUCAGCAGCAGCACAAACAGAUCAACAAUAUCAACUCGCUUUUGAUUCAGCAGCAAACGAUGGCUCAGCGUGAACAGAAAAUGGCGGUGGGUAAUGACCUUGGUGGCACCUUGGCAGCACUGCGGAACCCUGACAUGAUACCGCGGAACGAGCAAGCCCUCCUCAACGAACAGAUGAUGCACAUUGAGACACCAGCACGAGGAGAGCUGAAACAAACAGAAGAGAAAGUGCUGUCGAGUGGCACUGUGCCAGCUAAAUAUCCUGGCUCCAACCCAGGCAGUGGGUACAAGGAGAAAACUUCAAUGCUGAAAACUACCAGUCCUCGGUUGCAGCUGACGACACAAACAAGCAACGCAAAAACAACAGUUCUAGUGCCCCAUUACAUGCUGGGAAACAACAAGGACUCAACCACGGCUGAAACCAUGAUGGCAGUAAAACCCUCGAACGCCUCCACCCCCGGGUCUGCCUCCUCUUCCGCUAUCAAGAGUACUCCAAUCCCCAAAUCUGGGAGCACUGGAUCCAGUCUUCCCUCUACUGCAUCGAGCCAACUCAGUGCCACUAUCUCUCAGCUUGGCUCGUCCAGUUCCUCCUAUUUCAGUGCGUACGGUUCUACCGCUGAUCCCCUGGCUCAGAAACCUGGUGAUCAGAACUACCCUGGUCCUCCACCGCCUGCUAAACCUACCAGUACUGAACCACCAAAAGCUCAGAUACCUAAGCCCAAGCACAAAUACCCCUUUCAGUAUCUCAAUCAGGUGUACAUCACUGGUUACGCCAUCAUGAUCCACACUUUGAAGGCGCAGUAUCCAAACCUGAGACCUGAACUGUUCAACGACUUACUAUCCAGAUCCAAUUUCAACCCCUACACGUACUUCGAGUACCUGAAGAAGCUUGAUAACUUUGAGAUGACGUUGGAAUCAUUUUACGAAAUGCGACCCGAUCUUGGCGAGAAAUGCAAGACUCGUGCUCAAAGAUUAGCUGAAAAGCAAGCGGCUCAGAAAUUGCCAGAGAAAGGAACCACGCCGCAGUCUGCAACACCUACAGUUCCAGUACCGAGCACUUCCUUACCGAUAACUUCAAGUGCCAACAACGCUCCUCCGGUCCCUCCUCCUAGGCCAGCCAAAGAGCCCCAGAUAUCCAUUCCAAGAAACAACAGUAACACAACGAUUAUUGAGUCAUAUAUUUCCUCCAAGGGUCCUCCUGCCCCUAUCAAUAGUGGUCCUCAACCACCACCACCCGGUCUGAUCACCACUGAACUGAGACUCACCAAACCUAGCCGGGACCUCAAAUCUCCCCCUCAUCAGUUCCCCUUUAAAUCUCCUAAUUCGUCAAUCCACUAUCCAGGGGAGAGUCCCAACAAAACCUCUCCUGCUAAGAGACCUGAAUGUUCACUCCAAUAUCACCAUCUCUCACUUGAGUCCUUCAAGAACGAGCCAAAGAACAAGGUGAGACGCAGAACACAAGUUCGGAUGUCAAACAGAGGAAUUCCAGUGAAUCUGAAAAGAUAAGUCCUACAAAGAAGGAGGCAAAAAGGACAGAUGACGUCACAGAAACGGCCAUGAUGAUGCUUCAGUUACAGCAGAGCAUACAGCAGAAGCAUACCAUGCAGAAGAAACCCGAGGCCGGGCAGUUACCCGAAAACCCAAGAGCGGAGCUAGAAAGGCAGCUAGCUCAAUCGGAAAACCAACUGGUAUCCUCCGGCGACAACAAGCCUAGGGAGCAUUCCUCUUACAGACACGAUCGACCAAAACACAACUCUGGAGCAAGUGGGAGACACGAACCAUACCCCAAGGACCAUGUUUACCGAACUAACUACAACAAAAUACCCGAGCAAGCUCCCAAGACCAUGAUGUCGAGAUCUCUCCCCGAGUACCCCAAUAACACCCAGGUACAGGAGUACGGGAUGAAAAUGAAUGCUCAGUACCGUGAACAAGUCCCUCCUUAUCGAAGUAGAGAAUCUUCUGGUCAGCACGCUCAUGGUGAUGCGGAGGGGAAGAGUAGAGAGGAGACGGCUCGUGAUUUAUCGGGGAUCAGCCGGAACGGGCAUAUUUCUGAUCCGAAAGGCCCUAAAGUGAGCGAUCCUACUAAAGAAAGAUCCCGAGACUCGUUUCAGUAUCAGUAUAGCAGUGAUACUCCUAACCAACUUGUCCGAACCUCCAACUUUCAUUCCAGAGAGGGUAAUGCGGGUUAUAGGGAGCAACAUGUGCAGAGGGAGCAACACCUCAACCGGGAGGGACAUUCGGUGAGGGAACCUCAUCGCGAGUCCAACUCUCUUCCACCUCAAGGACACGUACAACGUGACCCAAACGGUACGGUCCGGGAAAACCAUGUCCAGGGCCGUGAUGUCCAGAGCCGUGAUCUCCAAAGGGAUCCUCAACAACCCGCUCCACGCCGUGAUCCUAACGUGACCCUCAGUAGAGGCUCAUCUCGUGAACAUCCUCGUAACCAAAACAGAGCACCACCUGCCGCCCAACCACAAACUCCACUGCUGUCCAACCACCGGGACUCGAGCACCAACAACAGAGAGCAUUCUCUCACCAGGCCGGUCUCAAAACACGAAAAGGUAUCGCCGAAGGAGAAAGAGAAAAGCACCCCCAAGAUGCCCGAUUUGAACAAGCCCGCAUCUUACAACAGCAUGGACCAUUUGAAGCACCUGGAGUUGCAGAAAGAGUUGAAACUAACCGCUACAGCUUCUGCAAAACCACCCCUUCACAAUCCUAGGACGCACAUGAUAACCAGCGCCAUCCCUCCUCCAGAACUGAAGAAAGCUAGAAACUUCAAGGACGUCCAUCCCCGCGAUCUUCCCAGCCAGCCUCCAGAAAUGAGAAUAGCCCCGACUCACAUUGAUUCCAGGUCAAGCUACGUUUCUCAUCAGGCGGGGAACCUACCUCAUCCAGUCAACAACCGUCCCGAGGAACGGAAGAAGUCUGAGGAAAAGAAGCGGACAGAUGAUAAAGUGAAACUUGUUGAUCACUCGGUGAAGAAACACACUGACAUCCCAACAAGGAAGUCUGUCGAGCCCUUUCCCCAUCCCGAAGAAACGAACAACAAUGAUUUGAAGAGAAAAAUCGAGGUAAAAACUGUUCCAUCCGUGAAGAAGAGUUCGGUCAAGGAAAACCCAAAAUUAGCUGUGGUGACGAAGACUUCAGAUGGCAAAUCUCGACCUAAUCAGGACCAUAGAUCACGCGACGAUCUGGGUAAACACUUGCACACCUCCAGGAUAAGGGAGGAGCAGGUGUCUAAAGCGAGGGAGGAAAAAGCGCGGGAGGAAUCUCGGCUCAGAGAGGAGCAGCAUAAAGCUUUAGCAGCAUCUGCCAGCCUCGCCUUCGAAUUUAAAGGAUCCCCAGAACCUCCUGCAAGACCAAAGUUAUCAUCGGAAUACAACUCUCGCCCGAAAACGCUGGCCCCAAACGAGUACAACCCUGCCCGCUCAAAGCCGCCCUCCGUUGACGCCACUCCCCGAACAGAAGACCCUGCCAGUUCCCCCGAGUUAGUGAUCGAGGAAGAGGAGAAGACAGAACCUACUGUCAAAGCGAUCCCCGACUCUUCACGUCACUCCCCUGAUUCAUCCUCAUGCGUCAACAAGAAUACUAACGGUGCCAAUCGCAUAACUAAUGGUGGUAGCAGUGUGUUGGGUUACGACCUUGAGGACGUUUCUCCUCCUUCGACCUCCCCCGACCACCCAAAACGCGACAUAACGCAAGAUGCUCUAAUGGAGUCGUUCGUAAACAAUAAGCGCCGCAGAGUUGAUCAAACUUACAACCACCACGAGAAUUCUAACGAGCUCAAAUUAACAUCUGAGCACCAGAAAGUUGACGAGAAGCCCAAGGAGCUCAACAAACAUUCUAAAUUCUCGUUCUCCAAUUCAAUCGAGCGGCCUAGGGAAGACAAGUCAUAUCUUUCGACUAACGGAACGCUCCUGAAAACUAGGGAGGACUUAGCAUACGGCCAGGAUCCGGUAUUCAACCACACGAAGAGCGAAACUCGACCAAGUUUUGACGAGCGACCAAUUCAAUCUCAGGACCUGAGCAGUUCCUCGACGGAUUUAUCGAACACUGAUAACAAAAGUUAAUGAGUAAAUAUGGAGCCCCCUUGUACGUUGUCCUUAUCGUUAUUGUUUGACUGAAAUUUUGUCUUGUUUGUUGAUAGAAUGGGAAGCCCCAAAAUAUAUUUUCCCUUGGAAAAGGAACAUAUUAAACCCCAUACCUUGGAAUGCAGAAUAUGUAUCAACAGUACCACGUGCCAUGUGUUUAUGACGUCAUGUGGCGGCGCUAUGACGUUAUUUGAUGUUAUUAUGACGUCAUAUGUGACGCUACCGUGACGUUGUAUCGUGCUGUCGUUUCUCGAUGUACCUCUAUUUUUUGUGUCAUGUGCACUGUAUUGUUUUUUGUGUGAUUUUUAACGUGUAACAUUUGAUUUCAAAUGAGUUUAAUUAUAUAUUUACUGGUAGCCUGGUAGUUUAUUUUUUAAGUGUAUUCCACAGAAAGUUCACAUAACAUUUAUUAGAAUUUUCUCUAUGAUAAUGUAAAUUUUAUCGAGUUUUUGAAUAAAUCUUUUGUCUCGAAAAUCUGAAACUUACUCAUGCAGCCGAAAUUUGUUGAGUUCAAAGAUCUCAGCAGAUAUUAGAUAAAGAAUCGGAUGUUUUGGAUCGUCUGAGGAAAUACAUAAAACGUAACGCCCACGAAUCAACGAAAUUUAAAAUUUGUGAACCUUUUUGUGUAAUAAUUUAUAUCCAUGCUUUAACAUGUUAUGCCCAUCAGUUAGCAUGAAUAAUGAAUAUAACAUUUUGUUGUUAAAGAAUUAAAAGAGGAAAAUAACUUAAGUAAUAACUGAACUUAAGUAAUAACUAAACUUAA